ACUGAUCGAGCUGGACAGUCAGUAUGAUUGUGCUUAAUAUUUUGUGGGUUUUUUUUAACAAGAAUUUUGUGACUUUGAGUCCCUAACUUGACAGUUAUAGUGUUCCUUAUUGUGAUGCAAAGCGAAUGGUAAACACUUAACUCACGGCACGUGGUGCAUUUUCACCCAUUUCAGGGCCAAUCACGACUCAAUCGGACUCGUCAGUUUCCGGCUACAUGUAACCUUGUCAUCUCAUUAUAACAAUUUAACUCGCAAAGCUCUGUCGAUUAUAUAUGUCCAUAAACAUACUCCUGGCCUACGAGACAAAAAUGGCAAACCCUCUUCUUGUGGCCGUGUUUUCCUACUUGCCAAGCGUCCGACUGCUUCUCAUCUUCGUAUCUGUGUUUCUCAUUGUCAAGACCAUCCUCGAGCAGAAGUCUUCCACCAACCUUCCGCCGGGGCCAUGGGGCCUACCAGUGAUCGGAGCCACCUUCCGGCUGGGCGCGAACCCCGGCCGGUCCCUCUACGAAUUGAGCAGGAAGUACGGGAAAAUCUUCAGCAUUAAGAUUGGUCCAAGACUCACGAUGGUGAUCAAUGAUGUAAAACUUGUUAAGGAAGCGUAUGGGAAGAAGGCUGAUGCAACUAGCGCAAGGGAACUAUAUCCAUUAAACUGGAUGGACACAUCUGGAGCAUUGAUUAGUUGCAGCGGCAGUGACGUCAAACCCCUCCGCCGCUUCCUCGUCCGUUCACUCCGGGACUUCGGCCUGGGCAAGAAGAGUUCCGAACUCCUCAUCAUGGAAGAAGCUCAACACCUCUGCCGUGGUUUAGCUCAGACGGACGGCAGGAGCUUCGACCCUCGCGACCUCAUCCAGAUGGCCGUGACCAACAUCAUCUGCACCCUGUGCUUCGGCCAGCGAUUCGACUACACUUCCUCGGAGUUUAAUCAACUCAUUAACAGUCUUCAAGCAGUAUCUCACGUCUCAGGUUUCACCAUCGCUCGAGACUUCCCCCUCCUCUUUCUGGCCCCACGAUACAAAGCCUUCCGUGAAGGGGGUGCCCUCUUGCGUAAGAUGAUGGACGACAUCAUGAACCAGCACAAGCUGACCUUCGACCCGCAAAGCCCCCGUGACGUCACUGAUAAACUUUACCAGGAGACGACGUCAUCAGCGGGGAAGAACCAGUUUUCGUUCGGAGACGAUCGGGUUUUCCGAACCAUGAUUGAUCUCUUCGGGGCGGGUUCGGACACCACUUCCACUGUCCUGCAGUACGCCAUCUGGCAUAUGGCACUCAAUCCGAAAGUACAGAAUAAGGUCCUCAUCGAAAUAUUGACCAAAGUCGGCAUAAAAACUCCACCAGAGAUGGCGGAUCGAGCCCGGCUCCCUUACACCUACGCCACAAUCAACGAAGUGCUGCGAAUGAACCACCCCGUACCCGUCAACCUUCUACACAGGGCGACCGAUGCCUUCGACCUGGCAGGCUACACCAUCCCCAAAGACGCGGAGAUGAUCACCCCCAUGUGGUCCAUGCACAUGGAUCCGGACGUCUGGGAGAAUCCUGAGAAGUUUGAUCCGGAACGGUUCCUUACUCCGGAUGGGUUGAGCGUGACGUUACCGGAUGGGUUUAUACCGUUCAGCUCAGGUUCCAGAAUGUGCUUGGGAGAGAGUUUGGCGCGCAACGAGCUGUUUCUCUUUUUCGCGACCAUCAUGCAGCACUUCACCUUUCAUCUUCCGCCGGGUGCUAUACCGUCACACUCGGGAUAUUUCGGAUUUUUCCUGUGGUUUCCGAAUCAAUUUAAAAUCGAAGCCACACCGAACUUUUUCGCAAAGCUCUGUCGAUUAUAUAUGUCCAUAAACAUACUCCUGGCCUACGAGACAAAAAUGGCAAACCCUCUUCUUGUGGCCGUGUUUUCCUACUUGCCAAGCGUCCGACUGCUUCUCAUCUUCGUAUCUGUGUUUCUCAUUGUCAAGACCAUCCUCGAGCAGAAGUCUUCCACCAACCUUCCGCCGGGGCCAUGGGGCCUACCAGUGAUCGGAGCCACCUUCCGGCUGGGCGCGAACCCCGGCCGGUCCCUCUACGAAUUGAGCAGGAAGUACGGGAAAAUCUUCAGCAUUAAGAUUGGUCCAAGACUCACGAUGGUGAUCAAUGAUGUAAAACUUGUUAAGGAAGCGUAUGGGAAGAAGGCUGAUGCAACUAGCGCAAGGGAACUAUAUCCAUUAAACUGGAUGGACACAUCUGGAGCAUUGAUUAGUUGCAGCGGCAGUGACGUCAAACCCCUCCGCCGCUUCCUCGUCCGUUCACUCCGGGACUUCGGCCUGGGCAAGAAGAGUUCCGAACUCCUCAUCAUGGAAGAAGCUCAACACCUCUGCCGUGGUUUAGCUCAGACGGACGGCAGGAGCUUCGACCCUCGCGACCUCAUCCAGAUGGCCGUGACCAACAUCAUCUGCACCCUGUGCUUCGGCCAGCGAUUCGACUACACUUCCUCGGAGUUUAAUCAACUCAUUAACAGUCUUCAAGCAGUAUCUCACGUCUCAGGUUUCACCAUCGCUCGAGACUUCCCCCUCCUCUUUCUGGCCCCACGAUACAAAGCCUUCCGUGAAGGGGGUGCCCUCUUGAGUAAGAUGAUGGACGACAUCGUGAACCAGCACAAGCUGACCUUCGACCCGCAAAGCCCCCGCGACGUCACUGAUAAACUUUACCAGGAGACGACGUCAUCAGCGGGGAAGAACCAGUUUUCGUUCGGAGACGAUCGGGUUUUCCGAACCAUGAUUGAUCUCUUCGGGGCGGGCUCGGACACCACUUCCACUGUCCUGCAGUUCGCCAUCUGGCAUAUGGCACUCAAUCCGAAGGUACAGAUUAAGGUCCUCAUCGAAAUAUUGACCAAAGUCGGCAUAAAAACUCCACCAGAGAUGGCGGAUCGAGCCCGGCUCCCUUACACCUACGCCACAAUCAACGAAGUGCUGCGAAUGAACCACCCCGUACCCGUCAACCUUCUACACAGGGCGACCGAUGCCUUCGACCUGGCAGGCUACACCAUCCCCAAAGACGCGGAGAUGAUCACCCCCAUGUGGUCCAUGCACAUGGAUCCGGACGUCUGGGAGAAUCCUGAGAAGUUUGAUCCGGAACGGUUCCUCACUCCGGAUGGGUUGAGCGUGACGUUACCGGAUGGGUUUAUACCGUUCAGCUCAGGUUCCAGAAUGUGCUUGGGAGAGAGUUUGGCGCGCAACGAGCUGUUUCUCUUUUUCGCGACCAUCAUGCAGCACUUCACCUUUCAUCUUCCGCCGGGUGCUAUACCGUCACACUCGGGAUAUUUCGGAAUGUUCCUGUGGUUUCCGAAUCAAUUUAAAAUCGAAGCCACACCGAACUUUUGAAUGACGCCUCUUUCUCUGUACGACAAAUGUUAACAAGUUUGUCUCUCAGGCCCUUUUCGAAACUACGGCUUUGGUUUUGGACUCGGCUCAGGUUAGCCUGUACCCGCAGUUGUUUUGAUAAUUAUUGCGUGUGCUUUGCGUAUACGUACUCCGGGCUUCAGACGAGAGAAUGGAGCCUCAGGCUGAAUCAAAAGCCGAAGCCGUGGUUUCGAAAAGGGCCCUAGUUUGUCUCAGGUUGAGAUUUGAAAUACCGCCCUCAAGUGGUUCGUAAUAAGUUGAUUUUGUUUAUAUUAAAAUUUAGGCAUUUGCUAUUUUUAUUCGUAGCUAAGUUUAUAACAAUACACUUUUAAGCAUUUUUUUUUGGAAGGAGACUUUAUAGGUUAGAAAGUGUUGAGCAGUACCGAAACAAUGUGGUUCUAUAAUGAGCCAUUCAGGUUGGG